UGACGUCACGUGAGGCGCCAUUUCCGAGUGCAGACCUCAGCUGCCCGUAGGAGCUGAGAAGUCGGUUCGUCGCUCGGGUCGCUGAGGCUUGGGUGCAAGGAACCGUUCCACCAGAGACUUCCACGAGAGAGGCUGUGGUGAAGAGCGGCUAAACGCAGAGGAGAAAGGGAAAGCGUGCGUGACGCCUGAAGGACACGUCAUCAGAGCGCACCGGAAGGGGCCCCAGAAUGAAGAGUGUGAUCUACCAUGGCUUAUCUCAGAAAGAGGAAGAAGAAUCGGAUGUUCAGCACCUGGGAGCCCAGCGGGCUGAGGCCUUCGUGAAGGCCUUCCUGAAGCGGAGCAUGCCCCACAUGAGCCAGGAGGCCCGAGAGAACCAACUGCACCGCAAAGCUGUGGUCCUGGAGUACUUCACCCGCCGGAAACCGAAGGAGAAGAAGAAGAAGCCCAAAGGCCUGUCUGCCAGGCAGAGGAGGGAUCUGCGGCUCUUUGACAUUAAACCCGAGCAGCAGAGGUACAGUCUUUUUCUCCCUCUACACGAGCUCUGGAAACAGUACAUCCGGGACCUGUGCAAUGGUCUUAAGCCAGACACGCAGCCCCAGAUGAUUCAAGCCAAGCUGUUAAAGGCAGAUCUUCAUGGAGCUAUUAUUUCAGUCACAAAAUCCAAAUGCCCCUCAUAUGUGGGUGUCACAGGAAUCCUUCUACAGGAAACAAAGCACGUUUUCAAAAUUAUCACCAAAGAAGAUCGCCUGAAAGUGAUCCCCAAGCUAAACUGUGUGUUCACUGUGGAAAUAGAUGGCUUUGUUUCCUACAUUUAUGGCAGCAAGUUCCAGCUGCGAUCAAGUGAACGGUCUGCAAAGAAGUUCAAGGCAAAGGGGACAAUUGACCUGUGAACCUUCUGCUACCCAAGGCGGUUGUUUAUGAGGGCUGCAGUUGGAAAACACCCAAAUAUUCUGGUUCUAGACCUCCAGCCAGUGCAAAUCCGAGUUAAGGACAUUUAAUUAAAGAGCAAGGGACGCCACACAAGGUCCUGAGGGAAGAGGUCAGGGAACAGAAGAACUGAUGUUUCCAGGUGGUCUCAAUUCUGCAUUACAUGUGGAGGGAGAAGACUGGUUGACUGGAAGUGUGGGAUUAUUCGGGUCUGUCUUUCUCACUCUUCCCUGUGUUUUCCAAAGAAUCAAUUGUUUGUAUCAUAAUGAAGCUCACAUGUUGCCACAAACAGGCUGUAAGUAGAGGAAGUCUCCCUGCUGUUCUGGAUGCCAGGUUGGAAGGAAAGGGGCACCCAAAGUCGCACCUGGGUGGUACUUUGUACCUGUCUCAGGAAGCACCUGACCCCGGGCACCGUGUUGCACAGUGGCACAGCAUGACUGACGCGUUCUUUCAACCCCUGGCAGCUCCUGAGCGGUUUACCCUGUUGUUUCAGGAAAGGGGCAGGGGCAGGAGUGGGGCCGCUGUUCAGGGACUCUGGGCUCAGGAGUUCCGGCUGAGAUGGGCCACACAGGCAAGAUGCCAGGCCUGGAUGUGCGUCUCAGUGGUGGUUCUGGUACAGGCAGGUGGAACCUGCAGCAGCACUGUCAUGCCACAGCAUGGUAGACCCCAGAGCUGGGUCGCCUGCAGGAAGGCGAGACUGCAGCCCUUUCCAGGGUCCAGCCUGCUGGGAAAGCCACGGUCCCCAGCAGAGGCGCCUCUUGGUGUCUUGGUGCGUUUUUGCUGCUGAAAGACAUGACCUCAGUCUGACAGUUCUGUGUGCUAGUGUGUGUGUGUGGCCCAUUGAUGAGGCCCUUCAGUGCAGGGUCAGAGUGAACACAGGUUGGGGACUGGAAUGGGAGGAGGGGCAGCCUCCACUGUCUGGUGUUAGGAAAACCGCAGGGUCAGGAUUCAUGUGCUUUUCCUUCAUACUAGGAGUGUGAGUCGUGACCUUCUUUGUGGCAGGAGAGCUGGAAGGCCCAGCUCUGCCUUUGUACCUCCCAGGGGCUCAGCCUGCACCCAGAGUGUUGGCCCUGCCUCCCUCUUUGGGGUGUCUGCUGCUCCCCACCUGUCUCAGGCAGCUCAGUGUUACCCCACUUAGCGUACAAGCACCGCUGCCCAGGGUACAGACGGAGCUAAGCCUUAGCACCAUGUGUUCCAGCAGCUGCUCCCUGGGGUGUGGCACUCCAUGUUUUGCCACUGGAAGCCUCAGACUCCCAAGUUCUGUCUUGCCCAAAGCUUCACGGACUGACAGAAACAACUGGGAUUUGAACCCACAGUCUGGCUCCAGAGCUGUGCUUUGAGCAGCAGGGUGUUUGCGAGGACGAAGGAGAGACUGCUGUGAAGCACAUCGUGUGGCCCCUUUAGUGCCUGGUCUCCCGCUGGGGAAGCCUCUGUUUGCGGUGGACACAGCCGUCUGAGCGCGCCCCAUUCGUAGCAGUGUAGGUGCUGUAACUUCCCAGACCACGCUGCCUUCCCACCCCUGCAGUGUCACAGGCACCCCACGUUGUGUAGAUACACAGUUGUGCUCCAGAAAAGUUGUUGGUACCACUUGCCACAUGAAAUCUGUUUCUGAUUUGGUGUAGACUCAGGUUUCCGUGUGAGCACUGAUUCAUGUGUAGACUCGUCCCUCUCUACAGGGGCUUGGUGAGAACACCCACCUGUCACGAAGCUGCUGCUGCUCCUGCGGCACACCUGUCCCCAAGGUCUCCUGGCCUCUGGGUCCUGUGCAGAGGAGGGGAAAGAGUCCACGCCAGGCAGAGCACCUUGCCUGACAAAGGUGUGCUAACUGCUGCACAGAGCAAGGCUCCAGGCCCAGGGCAUACACACGGCUGGCCUGUUCCCCUCCCUGAGCUGCAGCACAUGGCUUAUGUGUGUUGUUUUAUUUGGAAAGCAGAUUGACAAAAAGGAAGAGAGAGAGAUCUUCCAUCUGCUGGUUCACUUCCCAAAUGGCCACAAAGGUCAGAGUUGAGCCAGGUCAAAAGCCUGGAAUUCCAUCCAGGUUCCCCACAUAGAUGGCAGGGACCCAAGCACUUGGGACAUCUGAUUUCCCAGGCGCAUUAGCAGGAAGUGGAGCAGCCAGGACUCAGACGGGUGUUCUGAUGUGGGAUGCUGAUGUUGCGAGGAGCAGCUUACUCCUCCCCUGUGCCACAGUGCCAGCCCCGUGGGGCACAUCGUGUACGGUAAUGUGUCCAAUCUCACCCAUCCUCACUGCCCAAGAAAUAGGACCCUAUUGGAGCUGAGGCCUAGGACAUGUAGGCCCAUGUGAGAUGAAGCCCGUCUGCCUCCUGUGAACGCCCAGAGAAGGUGCUGUCAAGGCCCAAGGACAGGAGUGGUGAGCACCUCAGGAUGGGACACAGGAAGGCGUUGGCCUAGGCCCUUUGCGGUUCCGCAGGACUUCUGUGCAUGGAGGACUCAGCUGCAGAGCAGGCCACAGAGGCCAGGCCGUAGCCCCUCUGCGAGAGGAGAAGCACCUGGAGAGGAGAGGGAGGGCAGCGUGGGUCUGGCCGUUAGCAGUCUGCUUGGCCACCAUAAAAUAAACGCCACAGACGGGCAUCUGAAAUGAUUUGUUUUUCACAGGUUUGGAGCUUUUGUUUCUAGUGAGACCUUGCUUCCUGGCCCGCAGACGCCACUUUCUCACUGUCCGCACACAGCGUUUGCUCUGCAUGAACGCGAGCUCUGGUGUCUCCCUCUCUGCUUAAAAGCACCCUAGUCCUAUGGGAUCAAGGCCCCACCCUAUGACCUCUUUAACUUUAAUUAUCUCCGUAAAGACCCAGUUCAGUCCGGAGCAGCCAGGAAAUCUCACAGGACGGCACCAGUACCCGUCCUGUGGUGCAGUUCACCUGGUCCUUGCUGGACCCUGAGCUCUGCUCACCCAGAUUCCAUGACUUGGUCAUGCAGGUGCCUAGGGUUGGGGCUGCUCCGGCCAAGGUUGCUAGAUUUCCCUUCAUCUUCGCAGACAGGCACACUUUCCACCCUGCCCCCUGGCCCAGGCCCACUCUGUUGGGGGAAUGAGUGUGCACACAGGUGGGCAGAGCAAGCAGAGGAGACUCCUGGGAGGACGGCUGUGGAGCUGUGAAGGGCAUGGUCGCAUCGGUGCUCAAGGCAGGGGCCUGCAGAGCCACGCUGAACAUCCAGAGGGCUUGGGAGGGCCUGCCCACAGGGCACCAAGCCAGGCUCCAGCCCACAGGACAUUGCCUAAGGUUCUACCCAAUGUAGUAGAAGGGGAGAGAUGGCAGGAACUGCGAGAAAAAUUCUAAUCCACGGGGCAGGGUAUCAGAUUCCACUGAUACUAUACCCAGUCCUGAAAUCCCGGGCCUCGGUGUCACCAUCCAUCAAGUGGGGCCAUGUGACUAGGUUCAGUUCUCCUGGAAUGCCGUCCUGAAGCUUCCUGCAUCAGAGUCGGCAGGCUGCGAGUCCUAAGCAGCCAGCUCCCGGAGUGGGACCCAGAGAGCUGUGUGUUUAUCAAGACCCCAGCUGCUUCCUGCCAUCACCGAUGUUUGGGGAUGGUGGACUCCAGAUGGUGCCUAAAGUCUCUUCCAGCUCUGACAUCUGGGCUGCGAUUUAAGAUUGCAGACUGUGGGGCCAGCACUUUCUGGAUGCCGGAAAAGAUCAUCAAACAAGCGAUCUCUCAGGUUCUAAAGAGUAAACAUGAACAUUCCUCCGAAAAGCCAUAAAUUAUGGCUAAAAGCCUCUUUCUGGACAAUGGCUUUAGCUUUAAUUUAGUUUGCAUUGCUUAGCUAUAAUGCCUAAUUAAGACAUCUGUUAAAUGUCUAUAAUAUUAAUUUAAUAGAGGGGGUUCUAAUAGAACCGUAUUGGAAUUGUCCAUUUAAUUAACCUCAUGGGCCUUUAAUGGAUGUCUUAAAUAGACAUCAUUAACAAGAGUGUUAGACAAAUUAAAAUCGGAGUCACUAACGUUCUUGCUAAUUUUUCCUGAGCUGUGAAGGACGAACAGUGCUAAGUAGACAGGCAGAGACAGGCCGAACACAGGAAUGUCAGAGCAGCCGUCCACUGAGAGGGGUCCAGAGUGGACAGGCACUGAGUGGAGUUCAGUCGUUUUGUCUCAUGGUCAGCUUGGCCCAAAGAAACACUACUCUCCAGAGCCAGGAUCUGGCCCUCAGUACACCUGUCACAGAAAGAGUUCUGGCCUGGUCCAACAGCCUGAGCGCCUGGACUGAGUGGAGGGUGGAAGACCGCAUCCAGAGAGUCCCAGUCAACACCAGAUAUUUAAGUCACCCUGCAAGGGAUCGUGGACCAGGAGUCACCUGAACAGAGCAGACUAGGACAGGGCUGCGUUGGUGCUGGUGAGUCGGUGGCAUUGGGUGAAGUGUGCUGAAGUGGAAACCAGGACAUAGCUCUUGCCGUCACUGCUCCUCUGAACAGCUCUCACUGGACACAUGCCUCUUCCAGCAGCAGUGCUCAGUUCUCUGUGUUGCUUGGCCUCAUCAGCUGUCCCCUCCCUCCUGAAGCCCACUUCUGUUACCCCACACGCCCGACUUCCCUCCUCCGUCACUUCUCAGCGUCAGCGUUAGGCAGCUUUUUGUUGCUCUAAGUGCCUGAGGCAGCCUACCUUCAUGAAGAAAAGAGGUUGACUUAGCUCCCAGUUUUAGUUUCAAGGCCAAGAUUGGUGGCCACCAUUGUUUGACCCCUGGUGACAGCAUUCCCGCUGGGAAAGUCCCAAGGUGGUUCAUGACAAUUCAGGGAGCAAGUAACCAUCUCCGUCUGUGUCUCAUGUGCAGAGAAUAAAUUUUGUGCCCACCUGAGAUUUAAUGGAUAAAUUUCAGAGAGAUUUGUCUUCAAUAGCUAAGUAAAACCAAACCCUACUGGAGAAUUAGCAAAAAUGCUACUUGAAGGAACUAAAUUUACCUUGCAAAAGUGCUAAUUUUCUUAGUGAGAGUAAUGUAUAAGAUUUCUCUGCAGACAGAUGUCAACGUAACCUGUAGAUAAUAUUUAAUAAAGUGCCCUUGGUGAAUCGUGAUUAAUAAAUAUGGUUUCCUCAUUAAAAACAAAAAGCCACCAGGGUUCAGUCACAGGGGUCCCACCCCAGUGCCCUGGUUGAAUCUAAGCACUUACCUCGGUGCCGUAAUUGGAUUAAAUGUUACCCCUCUCCGUUAGUGCCAGUAAUAAGACUGGGGAGUAGACUCCCUAAGGAGCGUCCUUCGGUGGCCCCAUCUCUACUUCAGACACACGUGAGACUGAAAACCCUGUGCCAUCCGGGCCCAGCAGGCCCCGUUUGUGGUCUGCCUCCCCCCGCUGGAAACCAGGCUCCCUAAGGAGCGGCUUUAAAGGCUGCUCUAGUGAAGAUCUGCAGUAGGUGCCCCACAGGUGUUUGUUGAUGGAAUGAAAAAAACUGCCCACUGACAUCCCCACCUGGCUGUCGACUGCAAGCCGUGGAGGGGCGGGCACUGUGGCACCACAUGAGGUGCCCACAUCCCACAUCCGAGUGCAUGGUGCUGACCCUCCGGCUUCCUACUGAUGCACAUCCUGGGAGGCGGGGGUGGUGGACAAGUGCUCGAGUCCCUGGAGGAGGACCUGGUUGGAGUCUGGCUCCUGCCUUUGGCCUACACCAGCCCCAGUUGCUGGGAGCAUCCAGAUGGAAGCCAGCAGAUAGGAUUUCAGUCUCUCUCUGUUGCCCUGCCUUUCAAAUAAACAAAAAUUAGAAACUUUUUUAAUGUUUGUGGACAGCAGAAUUAAAAGAUAAACCUGAUUUGGUACCCCCGAAAUUUGAAAUUCGUGCACAUGAAGGAUCUUCACACAGUCAUAGAAUUGCCUAUUGUGAAAAAAUUGCAUGGAUUUCAAAAGUCUUUGCAAGAAAAUAGACAACAUCAUGUCCCUCAAACUUUUCUUUUUAAGGUUGAUUUACAUAUUUGGAAGCCAAAGUUACAAAGAGAGAAAUCUUCCAUCUACCUUCAAUGGCCAGGCGGUAGCCAGGAGCCAGGAGCUUUGUCCAGGACUCCCACGUGGGUGGCAGGAGCCCAGGCACUUGGACCAUCUUUGCUGCUUUUCCCAGGCCAUCAUCAGGAAGCCAGAUCAGCAAUGGAGCAGCCAGGACACGACGCAGUGCCCAUGUGGGAUGCUGGCAUCAAAGGCAGUGGCUUUACCCACUAUGCCACCAUGCGGGCCCCUCCCACAGGCUUUUCGAUGGGCCCUCAUGGAGGUCCCAACCCAAUGAGCUACACUCAACACCGUCAACUCCUCCACAACCCCAUGCCCACAACCCUGCCUCAGGUACCCGGGUAGGAAACCCGAGAGCCAGCCUCGAUUCCUCCCUGGGGUUCGCACCCCCAUCCUGUUUUCCCUUCAGUGCUGCUGGCUCAUCUUCCAGCCCUUAUCAUCGCCUCUGCUCCAACCUUGACCUGCCCACAGCCCCUCAGCGCAGAAGCUGCACCGAGGCCAUACUCGGUGACCUUGCAAAAGUGCUAAUUUUCUCAACGAGAGUAAUGUAUAAGAUUUCUCUGCAGACAGAUGUCAACGUAACCUGUAGAUAAUAUUUAAUAAAGUGCCCUUGGUGA